CGAGCCGGCCGGCGGGGGUCGGGGCCUCGCUCCAUGUUCGCGGGGCUGCAGGACCUGGGCGUGGCCAACGGCGAGGACCUGAAGGAGACGCUGACCAACUGCACCGAGCCGCUCAAGGCCAUCGAGCAGUUCCAGACGGAGAACGGCGUGCUGCUGCCCUCGCUGCAGUCGGCGCUCCCGUUCCUGGACCUGCACGGGACCCCGCGCCUGGAGUUCCACCAGUCGGUGUUCGACGAGCUGCGGGACAAGCUGCUGGAGCGGGUGUCGGCCAUCGCGUCGGAGGGGAAGGCGGAGGAGAGGUACAAGAAGCUGGAGGACCUGCUGGAGAAGAGCUUCUCGCUGGUGAAGAUGCCGUCGCUGCAGCCGGUGGUGAUGUGCGUCAUGAAGCACCUGCCCAAGGUGCCGGAGAAGAAGCUGAAGCUGGUGACCGACAAGGAGCUGUACCGCGCCUGCGCCGUGGAGGUGAAGCGGCAGAUCUGGCAGGACAACCAGGCGCUGUUCGGGGACGAGGUGUCACCGCUGCUCAAGCAGUACAUCCUGGAGAAGGAGAGCGCGCUCUUCAGCACCGGGCUGUCGGUGCUGCACAACUUCUUCAGCCCGUCGCCCAAGACGCGGCGCCAGGGCGAGGUGGUGCAGGCGCUGACGCGCAGUGGCCGCAGCGUGAAGCUGUACGACAUGGUGCUGCAGUUCCUGCGCACGCUCUUCCUGCGCACGCGCAACGUGCACUACUGCACCCUGCGCGCCGAGCUGCUCAUGUCCCUGCACGACCUGGACGUCGGCGACAUCUGCACCGUGGACCCCUGCCACAAGUUCACCUGGUGCCUGGACGCCUGCAUCCGGGAGCGCUUUGUGGACAGCAAGCGGGCGCGGGAGCUGCAGGGCUUCCUGGACGGGGUGAAGAAAGGCCAGGAACAGGUUCUGGGGGACUUGUCCAUGAUCCUGUGUGACCCCUUCGCCAUCAACACGCUGUCGCUCAGCACCAUUCGACACCUGCAGGAGCUGGUCGGCCAGGAGACGCUGCCCAGGGACAGCCCUGACCUCCUGCUGCUGCUCAGGCUGCUGGCCCUGGGCCAGGGGGCCUGGGACAUGAUCGACAGCCAGGUCUUCAAGGAGCCCAAGAUGGAGGCGGAGCUCGUCACCAGGUUCCUGCCCAUGCUCAUGUCCUUCGUGGUGGACGACCACACUUUCAGCGUGGACCAGAAGCUGCCCGCUGAGGAGAAAGCGCCGGUCGCCUAUCCGAGCACACUUCCCGAAAGCUUCACCAAGUUCCUGCAGGAGCAGCGCACGGCCUGCGAGGUGGGGCUGUACUACGUCCUGCACAUCACCAAGCAGCGCAACAAGAACGCACUGCUGCGCCUGCUGCCCGGCCUCGUGGAGACGUUCGGGGACCUGGCGUUCAGUGACAUCUUCCUGCACCUGCUCACCGGCAACCUGGCGCUGCUGGCAGAGGAGUUCGCCCUGGAGGACUUUUGCAGCAGCCUGUUCGAUGGCUUCCUUCUCACCGCCUCGCCCAGGAAGGAGAACGUGCACCGGCACGUGCUGCGGCUGCUCCUGCACCUGCACCCCCGGGUGGCCCCCGCCAAGCUGCAGGCCUUGCAGAAGGCCCUGGAGCCCACGGGCCAGAGCGGGGAGGCGGUGAAAGAACUUUACUCCCAGCUCGGAGAGAAGCUGGAGCAGCUGGACCAGCGCAAGUCCAGCCCUGCCCAGGCCCCGGAGACGCCGGCCCUGGAGCUGCCCCUCCCCCACGUGCCGGCCCCGGCCGGGCUCUGAGGCCGGCCAGGGGCUGCUGGGCAGCUGGGCUCCUGCCCCUCCCGUGCCUCCGCCCCACCUGGAGCCGCGUGUGGGACGGUGGCUGCCGGGCACGGGAGAUCUGGGUUCUGCCCUCGGGGGAGCACGGGGGGUCGGGGGUCCUGCCUUGCAUUUCAGGUGCUCACGGCUGGCCUGUGGUCUGGGGUGGAGCCCGGGUGAGGCUUCGGGGGACGGGGGGGUGGAGGGGUCCAUCUGCAUUGUCAGACCAAAGCCGGACCUUUGUUGGGGUCUGGCGAUGGAGCCCCUCCCUCCGUGUCCUGAGCCAACCUGGGUUCUGGAGCUCCCUGCCCAGCCCGGGCGCAGCGGCGCACACGGUGAGGCGUCACUCAUGUAAAUAAAGGUGUUUUGGUACACACGGGCGUGAGGUGUCUGCUGGCGU